GUUCACUUCCUGUAGGAACUGAAAACCAAGUGAGGAGAUGAAGAAUUGCACCGUACUACACCAGGGAAUACAGAGAGGAUAGACACCGCAGAAAUAUCCUGACCAUCACCCAAGGAACAAUUACACAACUGUGGGAAGACAUCCAGUCCCUUCACAGCAUUGCUAAACACAGAGAAGGUUGGGCAGUGAAACCAUCAUCUGGAAAUCGGUCUGGUCAGGGGAGCUUUGACAUAUCAUCAGAUCUGAAACUGGUCAGUGGUGUGGAACUUUCCAUCAGAAGCAACCUUUCUGAAGGUUUGGCUGUGGGUGAUCGGUCAGGGUGAGGCUGGGAAGAAGUGUGAGUGGCUCCAAGUGUGGUGACAGCUUCAAACAUUCAUCGAGCCUCAUGAACCACUGACUCAUUCCUACAGGUGAGAGCCUGUUCAAGUGUGAGGUGUGUGAGGAGGGCUCCACAGGCUCAUAAAAUCUCAACGCACAAGGCAUCUGAAAAAUCCACUGUCAAGACAAGAACAGCCACAUGGAAGAUCAACCAUUCAAGUGUGAGGAAUGCAACAAAUCGUCACACACAUCUCAGUCCGCACACGCCAACACAUUCACACAGUGGAGAACCUAGUCAAGGGUGAGGUGUUUGACAAAGCCAUCACACAGUCAUUGAUCCUCCUGAACUAUCAGACAAUCUAUACAAGACAGUAACCCUUCCAGUGUGAGAUUUGCAAUAAAGUGUUCCAGACAUCUUCGAGCCUCCUGAGACACCAGAGGAAUCACACAGGGGAGAAACCCUUCAGGUGUGAGAGCUGGUUCACUUCCUGUAGGGACUGAAAACCAAGUGAGGAGAUGAAGGAUUGCACCAUACUACACCAGAGAAUACAGAGAGGAUAGACACCGCAGAUAGAUCCUGAUCAUCACCCAAGGAACAAUUACACAACUGUGGAAAGACAUCCAGUCCCUUCACAGCAUUGCUCAACACAGAGAAGGUUGGCCAGUAAAACCAUCAUCUGGAAAUCAGUCGGGUCAGGGGAGCUUUGACAUAUCAUCAAAUCUGAAACUGGUCAGUGGUGUGGAGCCUUCCAUCAGAACCAACCUUUCUGAAGGUUGGGCUGUGGGCAAUCGGUCAGGGUGAGGCUGGGAAGAAGUGUGAGUGACUCCAAGUGUGGUGAGAGCUUCAAUCAUUCAUCGAGUCUCAUGAACCACUGACUCAUUCCUAUAGGAGAGAGGCUGUUCAAGUGUGAGGACUCCACAGGCUUAUAAGAUCUUCUAACGCACAAGGUGCAUCUGUUGUAGAACCAUUAACACAAGCUUCAUGGAAGAGAAACCAUUCAAGUGUGAGGUGUGUGACCGAGCUUUCACACAGUCAUCGACACUCAUGAAUCACAGCCGCAUUCACACUGGGGAACAGCCUUUCAAGUGUAAGGUGUGUAACAAGGGCUUUAGACAGUUAUCAAGCCUCGUGAAUCACCGGCCCAUUCACACAGGGGAAAAACCAUUCACGUGCGAGGUGUGUGACAAGUCAUUCUCGCAGUCCUCAACCCUCCUUGUCCACCAACGCAUUCACACAGGGGAGAAACCAUUCACCUGUGAGGUGUGUAACAAAUCAUUCUCACGGUCAUCACACCUCCGCAGACACCAACACAUCCACACGGGGAAGAGACCAUUCACCUGUGAGGUGUGUAACAAAUCAUUCUCGUUAUCAUCAGACCUCUGCAGACACAAACGCCUUCACACAGGGGAGAAACCAUUCACAUGUGAGGUGUGCGGCAAAUCAUUCUUGUUAUCUUCAGCUCUCCGCGCACACCAACGCCUUCACACAGGGGAGAAACCGUUCAUGUGUGAGGUGUGUAAUAAAUCAUUCUCUGACUCAUCGAACUUCCGGACACACCAACGCACUCACACAGGAGAGAAACUGUUCAAGUGUAAGGCGUGUGACAAAUCAUUCUCUGAUUCAUCAAGACUCCUGCUCCAUCAGAGGAUUCACACAGGGGAGAAACCGUUCAUGUGUGAGGUGUGUGACAAAUCCUUUUCGGUGUCAUCAAGCCUCCGCGCACACCACCGCACUCACACUGGAGAGAAACCAUUCACGUGUGAAGUGUGUGACAGAUCUUUCUCGCAGUCAUGGAGCCUCCUGUUCCAUCAGAGGAACCACACAAGGGAUUAACCCUUCAAGUGUCAGGUUUGUGAUGAAAUUUUUGUCACACAUCUUCGACUCUUCUGGGACACUAGAGGAUACACACAAGAGAGAAACUCUUCAGGUGUGGUAUUUGUGACCCACUCCUUCGAUCUCCCAAAGCACCAGCAGAUUCACGCUAGUGAGAAACCAUUCAGGUGUGAGGUGUGUGACAAGACUUUCACACAGUCAGUGUAUCUCCUGGUCCGUCAAUGCAUUCACACAGGGGAGAAACCCUAUUGGUGUGAAUUCUGUAAUAAAAAUUUCACACAAUUGUUGGACCUCCUGGAACAUCAGCGAACCCACACAGGAACUACCUAACCAAGUUCUUUCCCAAUUUUUUGUCAGAGUGUGAAUGUCUACACAAUCUCACUGCAAUGAGUGUUCAGUGAUAUUGGGGCACAGAAUAAGGAACAGCUUUCACUCACAUCAAACAACUAGUGACAACACCAGUGCUGAGAUAUGAUGAUGUCAUUGAUGAAGUCACCCUGCAGUGAGAUGCCAGUGAAACAGGACUUGGAGCAACCCUCAUGCAGCAAGGACAACCAGUUGUGUUUGUAUCCAGAGCGUUAACACAAACUAAAGGACACAGACUGAGAAAGAGAGCCUGGUUAUUGUGUUUGCUUGUGAGCAUUUUAACCAGUACCUGUUAGGAAGAGAGAAAAUGAUGGUAGUGUCUGACCACAAGCUACUUUAAAGCACUUUUUCAAACUGUUUCUAUCUGCUUCAAAGCAAUUGCAAAGAUCGUUAUUUCAUUUGCAGAGAUAUCAUUUGGAAGUGAAGUGCAGGCAAGGGAAGUAGAUGUACAUCACUGACAUGCUGUUGAGAGCUGCAUUCUCUUUGAAGGAAGUUGAUGGUGUUGGUACAGAGUGUGAAAUCUUCCAGAUUCAACAAGAAGCAACAGCACGACGUGCUCUGGAAGUCAUCAACCCAGCAGAGACACUGAAUCUGACAGACAAGUGUCUUGCUCCGAUCCAGCAAACUACACAAUGAGAUACAACUCUUCAAAUGUUACAGGAAGUUGUGAUGAAAGGACGGCCUGAAACCAUCAAGGACACACCUAUUGCUGUAUGAAUGUAUUGGACAGACAGAGAUGAAGUGAUUGCCCAAGAUGGCAUCUUCUACAAAAGGACUAGGGUCAUUAUCCCUAAAGAGAUGAGAAAAGUCUGAGGAAGGCAAGAGAAGUGCUCUGCUGGUCAAACAUGAGCAAUGAGAUUAAGGACCACAUCAGCCAGUGCAGUGUUUGUAAUGAACAUCAAGCUAAGCAAGGUAAAGAGCUGCUCAUGAUUCAUGACAUACCAUGGAUGAAGCUUGGAGUAGACCUCUUCACUGUCACUGGAACUGAUUACCUCGGCACAGUCGACUACUGUUCAGACGACUGGGAGUUAGACCAGCUGACGUCAACAACUACCAGUGAGACUAGAAUGCCUGAAAGCACACGUCAGUCGUCAUGACAUUCCUGAUAUUGUGAUGAGUGACAAUGGCCCUUGAUUUACGAGCGAAGAAUUCAGACACUUGAUGACCGAUUGGGAAAUUCAGCACCAAACAUCAUCUCCACACUAUCCCCAGUCAAAUGGAAAGACCGAGGCAGCGGUGAAAAUUGCCAAAGGGAUCAUCAAAUAAUUGACUAGAUCCAGUACAGAUGUGUACAAGGCAAUCUUAGAGUGGAGAAACACACCUACUGAAAGCAUGAAAAGUUGCCCAGUCCAGUGACUAAUGUCAUGCAGCACCCAAACCACUCUUCCAACAACUAAAAAACUACUGGGGCCAGAAGUAGUAACAGGGAGUGAGUGACAAAAUCAAAGUGAAACUACAAAUUUCACUUUGAUAAAGCUGCCCAAAUCAUUGCCAGAGCUGAGAGUUGGAGAGCCAGUCAGAGUGAAAACAUUCAAGGCACUCAACAAAAGUCAGCUCAUUGGCAACUUGGGUCCUGUGUGGAGAAGUUGUCACCUCGAUCAUACACGGCGAAAGUGAACGACUAGAUCUAUUGUCACAUCCGUAGACAUCUAUGUGCAACUGGAGAAGCUGCUCCUUCACAGCAGACAGCUGAUGAGGCAGAUCUGAUUUCACCAACUGAGCAAGGAACUGAACGACCAUCAGUCCCAGAGGUCAACCGUUCCCCAACAAAUACAGCUGAUCAGCAGCAACAAUUACCACAGCAACAACACUCGCCACGGCAACAACAUUCCCCAGAGAGACAUCACCUCAGGAACCAGCAGACACCGGAUGAACAGCCAACAACAACUCACACACGUACCAUAAGAAGACCUGAACACUUUAAAGAUUGUGUGUGCAAUGUGUGUGUAGGGAGAGACAAAACUGGAACAGACUAGAAAGAACAAACAGUUUUGUGUUCAUGUGUGAUAAUUUUCUUUACAGAUUAUACAUAUGCAGUAAGUUGUAAACAAUAGUGUAAUGUUUUUUCUAUUUAUGAACAGAGGGAUAUUUGAAUAAAGCCCUUUAUACACUC